GAGGACAGCGAAAGGAGGUGUUCCAUACAGUGUAGAAACAACGGAGGUAGAGCAAACUCCUUACAGUUCCUUCACAGAGGAAAUACGGAACUGUAAGAAAAAAAUGGGUUUUAAGGAUUUCGUGUGCAGCAGGGCAGGAGCUUGUGUUGGUGCAAUUCUAGUAGUGAUUAUUCUAAUAAUCGGUCUUGUUGUUGGUCUCACCGUCAAGAAAUAUCAGGCUGAAAAAAACCUGAAGUACGCGACUGAAAAGUAUGAACUUCCAACUCACUACCUCGCCAGACGACCAAAAGGUAUCAACAUCUAUAACGACAUGGUUUAUUUGUCGCCAAAUGGCAAAGAUGAGAUCGGCCAUGCAAGGAAGUGUGUGUCUUGUUUGAAGCAGUGGACCGUGUACAUGCUGAACGAGAAAGAAGAGAUAGCGGUGGUAAUUAAGCAGAAAUCUUGGACUUUAACUGUUAAGUACGACAUUGAAGAGCAGUGGAAGACUAACUCCACAAGUUAUCACAUACAAUACAGCUGGAGCGGCUCUGGACUAACCAAAGUGGUUUAUAUAAUCAAGAAUUCAAAUGACGUGGAAGUUGCACGCACAAAUAGUUUUCGAUUUGAAUUUGACAAAACAAUAACUCUGAAAGAUUCCAAAGGUACGACCCUCGGAGUGAUCAAUAGGCCGGCUUUUCAGCUGUACCCAACAUGGGAUAUAAAAGUGAACAACAAAGAUGUUGUGCCAACAUAUUUGUUCGGAGCUCUUGCUACAAUUACGACAAUCAAAGAAGCCGAGGAUAAUGACAAGAAAUGAAUCAAUGACAGAAAGAAGUUUUGUACAUACCCGCCGGCGUAUCAUUCGUUAUUCGAUGUCUGACCAGAUGCGCCUGUUUUUUCAAUGCAUUGUUUCGUUUCAGUUGUAUAUUAUAUUUUCUUUGUGAUCUUCGAUUCCUUCGUUAAUGGCGCCGAUCUUGCGUGACAAUCUCAAAGGGGGUGUGUAGUGCACAAUGCAGUGCGCAUUCUUCUUGGGUGUUUAACCACCAGUAGUCUCGCGAGUAGCGAGCAACUACCUCCCUUGAGUAUGCCCGCUUCACGUUCUAAAGUUGACAUUUUACGCCUUUUUGCUAGGUCGAAGUGAGACAAAAAUGCCAAACUUGGUAUUAAAGAUAUAUUGGUCCGAUCAUAGUUAUUAGAGGAGACUGGUUAUGAAAAGCGGCAAACAUCAAUGAUAAAAACAACAGUGCUGCAGUUUAUGUUGGAAGUACCGUGAAAGUGCACAAUCCUUUGUUUUCUGUUGGCAAAUUGUUACAAAAAAUUAAUGCAACGUUUUUAUUGGUCAAAGAAAAUAAUAUUGAAGGUUGUGCCGGUCCACAAAAAACAUAUAACAAAGGAGUCUAACGGGUUUCAUAACCAUUCCACUCAAUUAACUAUGGUCCGAUGCUGUAAAAACCAAGUCGCUCUAGUAUAUUGAACCUUGUUUUUUAAUUAAAAUUAAAUAGAG